AUGACUGAAAUCGCAAAGUUCGAGCAAUUCGGAAUCAAUACGUUCUAUAACGGAAUUCCAACAUUAGACAAUGCCAGCGACUGGUUUCGGUGGAAUCAGAAGGUCAAUGAGUUCAUUCGGAUAUCUGCGGUUGCCGACGAUGGAGCGACUCCGCCGACAGAAGAAGAAGAAGCAGCACGGCAAUGGAUUCACCGCCAAAAGUUCUAUUCUGCGAUGAUUACGGCAAAGUUGACACACAAUGCGGCGCAAAGAAUCAAUGCUUUUGAGAUACCUCGAGUUCAAGCACUGCUUAAGGCAGUCCAGGACAACUUCAAACCGGAAGGCUCCGGCACGUAUGUUAGCCUCCAACGACGAUACAUGGCCCUCACAAGAGACAAGUGUGGGAGCACCCAAGCGCUGGGGGCAGAGAUCAGGAAGAUUCAUGCUGAAAAACUCCUUCUUGACCCUGAUUGCGUGACCUCCGAAAUUGAGCGAACAUUUUUCUUUGUUCAUGCACUCGGCCCCGAGUACGAGAGCUUCCGCGAUCAUAUCUUCCGACAAAUGGACCUUUCCGUGGGCCAGGUGACAAGAAGCUCAUACCGUCGUCGGACGGAACUACUUGUCGGAUAG